AAGACAUUCCUUCACGUUCAAUUGUAAAUUCCCAAAAUUAAAAUUAAACUUCCGACCGACAGUUCAACAGGACGCCAUAGAUGGCAGAAAGUAGGAAGAGGCAUCAGCCAACUUAUACGGGUUAAAGUAAUUCCGAUUGCUGCUGCUUUCCGGUCCGAAAUCGAGGAUUCGUUUCCGUCAUCGUUUAGUCAUCAAGUUAUGCAGAAAACCGCUCAAGCUUGGUUCAUGGGGGGGCCGAGUGGCACCGAUCAGCAGAAACCCUCGUCUCUGCUCGCUGAUUGGAACUCUUAUGCAGCCUCCAAAGCUUCGGAAGACAGCGGAUCGUCUAAUCUAGGUUUCGAUCUCGAGGCCGCAGUCAGGACUGCCAAUGAUAAGGUCACUGGGACUUUCAACGUGGUUUCAAAAGGAGUGAGAGAUUUGCCUGGGAGCUUUCAGUCUGCUACUAGCAAUGUCCCUUCUGGAAAAUCUCUCAUGUAUUUUGGUUUACUGUUGGCAACUGGAGUAUUUUUCAUUUUCAUUGCUUUCACCAUGUUCCUCCCAGUUAUGGUGCUGAUGCCUCAGAAAUUUGCCAUCUGCUUUACUCUUGGUUGUGCCCUCAUCAUUGGGUCAUUUUUUGCUCUGAAAGGUCCAAGGAAUCAGCUUUCACACAUGUCAUCAAAAGAGAGGCUGCCCUUUACACUGGUAUUCAUUGGCAGUAUGGUUGGUACCAUCUAUGUUUCUAUGGUGCUUCACAGUUACAUUCUAUCCGUCCUCUUUUCUGUGUUACAGGUCGUUGCACUUUCCUAUUAUGCUAUUUCUUACUUCCCUGGAGGAUCUGCUGGAUUGAAGUUUCUUUCUUCGACUCUUGCAUCUUCAAUAUUGAAAUGUUUUGGCAGGUGAUGUUAUUCUGAGGUGCCUUUGCUGAAUACCAGCUACCUUCUUCCUACUAACCCUGUAAAAGCAAAGGAACAUAAUUUUAAAAAAUCGGUUUCUGAAUCUGUGGGGGAUGGAAAAGUUGAAGGUCAAAUACUUGAUGGUUUGCAAUUUGGUUUCCCGAAUCUACAUGAAUGCACAUCCCAAGGUUCAAAAUAUUUGUAUCACAGAUAAUACCACAGCUUUUAGAGGCAUCAGGAUACAUUUUAGAA